AUGCAAUUUUCAUCCAACGGUAAAAUCAAUUUUGAUUACAUAUAUAAUAAUAAAGAACUCAAGAGCAAAUUAUACCUACCUAGUAGCGACACCUUUGUGUUUGCCGAAGCCCUAGAAGAUGAUGUUGAAGCAAUUUCUCCUAAUGUAAAUAUGGUCUUGGAAAUGGGAACUGGAAGCGGAUAUCUUAUUCUAUUUUUAUAUGAAUUAUUAUUAAAGAAGAACAAAAAAAUCGAUCUUCUUUAUUGUAUUGAUAUUAACAGAGAUGCUUGCAAUUGUGUACAAAAUGCAAUUAGUCUAAAUGGGAUUUCAAACGUUGAAAUAAUUAAUAGUAAUUUAUUUAAUAAUUUACGAACAUGUGGGCAAUUUGACAUAAUCUUAUUUAAUCCUCCUUAUGUUGAAACAGAACAAGAUGAAUUGAAUAAAACCGAUAUUGUCGCUUCAUAUGCUGGAGGAAAACAAGGAAGAGAAGUUAUUUUAAAGUUUUUACAUACUGUAUAUGAUCAUCUUAGUAAUAAUGGAAUAUUAUAUUUACUAUUGGAAAAAAGUAACAUACCACAUGAAAUUAUGACUAGUACUCUUAUAUCUGAAAAAUUUUAUUAUACAGAAUUAAAAAAGAAGAAAACUCUAAAUGAAACGAUUUUUAUAUACAAACUUCGUAAAAAAAUUCAAAAAGAAAUAUUGUAA